UUCCAGCAGAGGAUUUAGAGAAUUAAAGGAUGAGUUGGAAUCAAAACAAGAUGGUAGAGAUGAAGAUCUCUAUCAGCUGGAACACUCAUUAGAGAGCGACAGCCCACUUAACAAUAAUUUUCAUUUGACAACAAUGAAUCUUAGUACUAGUCAACUUCUUGAAGAUACACCUUUGGGUUAUGCUCAGUUGCAAAUUCCUGAUGAAAAUUCAGUAGAAGGGCAUGAGCAAUGGGAUAUGAAUUAUCAUGAAGCAUCUAUUUACCUUGAAGAAGGUGCAAAUAAUGACAAAUUUAUAUUUCACCCAAGAAGUAGAGAAGCUUUACCAGCAUAUAAUCUUGUACAUAAUCAGCUAUUCUACUGUCUAGACCUUUGUGCUGCUGUUACUCUUUUGUUAUUAGCAGUGACUGAAAAACCAGCAGUUCCUGGAUUAGCAAUACCUGAAUGGAUUCAUGCUUCCGUAGAGUUAAUGUGUUUAUCAAUUAUGGGUGCCGAACUGGCUAUGAAAGUGAGAUGGAUGGGCAAUCAAGCAUUUUUUCAGCAUAAAAGGAGUGUCAUAAAGAGUAUUGUUUUAUUCAUCAUGAUCAUUGAAUCAUUAGUAGUCUUAGGACGUCAAACUAGUCAUUUUCGUGUUACAAGGGCCUUGAGACCUGUUUUUCUAAUUGAUAAUCAUUACUGCAAAGGAAUUCGCAGGGUUAUUAGACAAAUAAUUCAGUCUUUGCCACCAAUUCUUGACAUGUUAUCAUUAUUACUGUUCUUCAUGCUUAUUUUUUCUGUAUUAGGAUUUUAUCUCUUCAGAUCAAUUAAGAGUGAUUUAUAUUUUUCUACGAUGCUAGAAAGUUUUGUAAGCCUCUUUGUACUUCUCACAACAGCAAACUUUCCUGAUGUUAUGAUGCCAGCAUAUGCUCAAUCCAAGUGGUCAUCUAUUUUCUUUAUAGCAUUCAUAAUAAUCCAUGUUUACUUUUUGAUGAACUUGAUGUUAGCAGUUGUAUAUGAAACCUUUACUCGUAUUGAAAAAGAUAAAUUCCGAAAGUUAUUGCUUCAUCGCCGUAAAGCUUGUCAGCAUGCCUUUCGCCUGCUUGUUACCAGAAAUGCUCCGUUGCAGUUGAGUUUUCGUCAUUUUCAAGGUUUAAUGAAGUAUUUUAAACCUCGAAAUAGUAAAAUGGAUAAUUAUUUGUUGUUUAAGACAUUAGACAUAAAGAAGACUGGGUUCCUGUCUUUGGAUGAAUUCUUAAAUGUAUUUGAAGCAAGUCCAUUGAAAUGGAAGCCAAAGAGACAAGAUGUAUUAUGGUUUACCCAUUUAAAUGGUAUUCCCUUAAAAGUUUUUACAGGUAUUCACAAACUUGUAAUGCUACAAGCUACUGAUUAUGUUAUCAAUAUGGUUAUUGCUGCAAAUGGUAUAUGGCAAGUUUUGGAAGCAUCAGCUAUUUUUGAGUAUGAUGGUACUACUGCUGCUGAUAUUUAUGGAUGGGUUUCUGUUGCUUUUGUUACAUUCUAUACAGUGGAAGCUUCACUUAAAAUUAUUGGUUUGGGCUUUAAUGAAUACUUUAGUUCCAGAUGGAACAGGUAUGAUUUUGCUGUUACACUUCUAGCCAUUGGAGGCCUUAUUACUGAACAGUUUCACUUUUCAUUCUCGUUUGUUACUAUUCUGAGAGCUUUGAGGCUUUUAAGAUUAUUCAAACUCAAGAAGAGAUAUCGUGAUGUCCUAGGAACUCUAUUUAUAAUCCUUCCAAGGUUUCUCAGUGUUGCUCUUGUUUUAGUAAUACUAUAUUAUUUUUUUGGAAUAAUAGGAAUAGAGUUACUGUCUGGUUACAAUCUUGUCAAUUGUUGCAAAAAUACUACUGUUGAGCAGUUUUAUCAUUUUGAAAAUGAUACUUCUCUGGAUGGUUAUUAUUAUCUAAACAAUUUUGAUGAUUUUGUUACAAGUCAAAUUACUUUGUUUGAGCUUAUGGUCGUCAAUAAUUGGUUUAUUAUAAUGAAUGGCUAUGCUUUUGUUGUAUCACAAUGGACCAGGAUUUUCUUCAUGUCCUUUUAUGUUGUAACCAUGGUAGUCAUCAAUAUUGUUGUAGCUUUCGUUUUGGAAGCAUUUCUUUUUAGGAUUCAGUAUAAACGCAUGACAGGAGAUAUGGAUAAAGAGACAUUAGUGCGUGUUGAUGUUGGGCUAAAUCAACAAGAAAUAGAUUUCUGCAGAAGUAAUGUUAAUCUAUCAAAAUCCCAGCUCAUGGCUUUUGCAAGAGACCAAGAUUCUCCACAAGUAAUUUUUCGGGGUACUAGGACACGUACAAAAUUUUCAUUUUCUUUAAAAAUGUAUGCUGAAGAAGUAAAGAAAUGGCUAAAGGAAGCUGAAGAUGAGGAACGGCUUCAACGAGAUUUGCUUCUUAGUAGACUACAACAAGAACAGCAUAAUGACAGGCGGCUUUCCGAAGAGGACUAUCAUAAUCGCACUCUUACUUGUUGUACAAGGUGAAAGAAUCCUGCCAAAAUCAUUACUGCUAAGCCAUCCAGUAGAUUGUAGCUGAGAAAUUUGAAGUGGGAUUGCUAUUUUAUUAAAAGAAAUACACAAUUGAGAAUUAAGACUGGAAGAAUGCAAAAUAAAUUAAUGUAUUCUUGAAAUUUAUUUUAAAAGAUCAAGAUGCUGCUGUCAUUUUAUAAGCAUUGCAAUUGUAUAAUUCUGUAAUCAGGAUAUACAUUUAUUCUAUUUAAAUCUUUAGAUUUCUUUAGCAGUGAGAUAGUUUAAGAACUUAUGUAUUGGAGAUACUAUGUAUAAAUUUAUGCAGCAUUUAUUUUGCAACUUUUAGCAUUGCACAUUUUCACUGGCAUUCCAGUCUCAAGCUAAUUUAUUUUCAAACCUAUUUUUAAUAGUUAUGAAUGCAAUUGGUAAAUCUUGCUUCAUAUCAAUAUAUCUGAUUAUUCAGGUAGUUUAAAAAAUGUCAUUAUUCUUUUCUGAUUUAAGGUAUGAACUUAUUUAAGCAUGUCCAAAAAAUGUAUAGGUGGUGAUUCUGAUUCCUAUACAGAAUCCUUUUACCUGUGCUUGUAACAUAUCAUUUUUUGUUCUGGCUGCAGACUAUCAGUGAUCAUUUUGAUGUAUUCAGAUACUGUAUUUGAGAUAUAUGCGUUACCAUUUUGAGAAUAAGCAUGGUCUUCACAUUUAUUUUUAGUAUGUGCAUAAUAGUUGCACAUAUUUCAGACAUCUCUUUUUAAAUGAUUCUGUUUUGUGAAGCAUGUUAAAUAUAUUACAUAGUACAAGUGUGUUAAUUCACGAUUCUAAUUUUAUAUACUUAAACUGUUUAUGUGAGACAGAUUAUUUGUAUAAAAAAAAAAAAAAAAAAGAACUUGUACUGUGAUACUGAAUAGUAAUGAAAAAAUUUUAA